GCUAUCACCUCAGUGAAAGACCAGGCCACACACGCACUUACAAAGUGCCAGAAGAGGUCAUAGGAGCUUGAAAGCAGUAUACAUCGACAUGCCAAUGAAAUUGGGUUAUUGGAAAGUCAGAGGGUUGGCGCAGCCGAUUCGUCUUAUGCUGACAUACACUGGAGAAGAAUUUGAGGAUACAAGAUAUGAAAAGCUAACGGCAGAGACUGCUGCUGAGUGGCUUGACAAAGACAAGAAGACACUGGGAUUAGCAUUUCCAAAUCUGCCAUAUCUAAUUGAUGGGGAUGUGAAAGUUACUCAGAGCAAUGCAAUCUUGCGCUAUCUUGGCAGAAAGCACGAUAUGUGUGGGAAGACACCAAAUGAACAACUGCGAGUUGAUAUUUGUGCCAGCCAGGUGAUGGAUAUGCGUAAUGCUUUCAUUGCACUUAGUUAUAACAAAACAGGAGCGAGUCGUGACAAAUGGGAGGAGCUAAAGACUGAGUACAUUUCAAAACUACCUGCUACUCUUAAGUUAUUCUCAGACUUUCUAGGUGACCAAAAAUGGCUUGCAGGAAACAAUUUGACUUUUCCUGAUUUUCAUUUUUAUGAAAUGCUUUCUCAACAUUCUGUUGUCUUCCCCGGCUGUCUUGAUGGUUUUCCAGCAUUGCAAUCUUAUGUUGCUCGUUUUGAGGAUUUGCCUGCCAUAAAGGCCUAUCGAGCAUCCUCAUCUUUUCUAGAUCGACCAGUCAAUAAUCAUGCUGCACUCCUCAAGUAAACAAGCUCGAUUUACGAUGAACAGGAGUGACACUAUUGUUUCCAGUCAAUUUGGGUUCUACUUGUCCUUGAAUUAUUACAUAUAAUGAGGGAAAAUGUUAUCUGUUGUGAACAACUAGUCUGUACUGUCAAGCGUUUACUUGCACAUCUUCAUAUGCAUAUAUGCAUACGACUACUUAUUGCUAAUUAGUGGCAAUUGGUAUGGUAAUUAUUUUAUUAGUGAUUGUUACCUUCACCAGACGCACGUGUUUGUUUCUUUUGCAAAUGUGCAUGACAAUAUUAUCAAAUUCUACAUUUACAAAGUAAAUUUUUAAUUGAUAUUAAUAUUUAUUUAUUU